AUAAAUAUAUAGAAAGUAAAACAAUUCUAGUUGGUAGGCCAAGGAUAAUAGGAUAAGAACAAACCCACCCUCUUAUAUAUGAAUCUAUUAAGUUGCCCAUGUAUAUAAACAGGUUGUUAUCGCUGUCAGCUGGGACAGUUAGUCGAAUAUUGCCUUUGCGGAGGAGACUUAGCAGUAUGAGAAUUGCCAUUAUAGGACAAAGUGUUUUUGGUGCUGAGGUCUAUAACUUGUUGCGUAAAUCUGGCCAUGAAAUUGCUGGAGUCUUUACAAUCCCUGACGUCAAAGGACGAGAAGAUCCACUAGCUAUCCAAGCUCACAAGAAUGGUACCCCAGUGUUCAAGUAUAAAAGAUGGCAAGAGAAAAAGGUUCCAAUUCCAGAAGUUGUUGAACAAUACAAAAGUCUUAAUGUUGAGUUAAAUGUUUUACCAUUUUGCUCACAAUUCAUUCCAACAGAGGUGAUAUUCUACCCUAAGCACCAAACGAUUGUUUACCAUCCUUCCAUUCUUCCACACCACCGAGGAGCGUCUGCAAUCAAUUGGUCUUUGAUUGAAGGAGACACAAAAACUGGUUUCACAAUCUUCUGGGCUGACGAUGGGCUUGACACAGGACCGAUCCUCUUACAGCGACACACCUACAUCACCCCUGAUGACACAGUGGAAACUUUAUACAACCGAUUUCUCUUUCCAGAAGGAAUUAAAGCCAUGGACUAUGCUGUGAAACUCAUUUCUGAAAACCGGGCCCCUAAAAUUAUUCAGCCAGAAGAAGGAGCAAGUUAUGAAGCACUUUUGAAAAAAUCCCUUGUUAAAAUAAACUGGGAUCAACCAGCAGAAGCUAUUCAUAAUUAUAUUCGAGGUAACGACAAAGUUCCUGGAGCUUGGGCCAUGAUCGAUGGACAGGUAGAUUCCUAAUUUACCAUUUUGAUUGCACAGAUCCCACAUAAUGUAAUAUGGACCCCAGUUGAGAACCACCAUUUUAGACCCUUCUGCAGACAUUACUACCAUUUCUAAAACCCGUUUCUUUUCCAGGUGAAUGUCUCCCAGCUGCAGCUGGUCAGUGGCAAGAUGAUAAAAGCUUCCAAAUAUGGUAAAGUUGAUGAUUCAGCAGAGAAAUUAGAACUGACUCCAGAAGAAGUUUCUAUGGAGUCAAACCUCAAGGAAAUUUGGAAAUCUAUAUUGAAUAUAGAAAUCGAAGACACAACAGACUUCUUCAAAGCUGGAGCCGGUUCCAUGGAUGUUGUGAGAAUGGUUGAAGAAAUCAAAGAAAAAUGUGGUGGUGUUGCUUUAGAGAAUGAACACAUCUACAUGAAUACCACAUUUGCAGAACUGUCCAAUUACAUUAUAUUACGUAGUCGUGGAAUCACAGAUGAAGAACCUUUUGAAUUUGAUGCUGUGAAGCUGCAUGUUAACAAUAUGGACAUCACCUUUCCUCAUCAAUGUUUCAUCGACAAUGAAUUUGUCGAUUCUUCCGAUCGUGUCACUUACAAUACUAUCAACCCAGCAGACGAAUCAGCGAUCUGCAAAGUGUCGAAGGCUACGAAAGAGGAUGUGAACAGAGCAGUGGAGGCGGCCAAGGAAGCUUUUGAGAAUGGAGAAUGGGGAAGAAUGAACGCUCGUGACAGAGGUGGCUUAAUGUACAGGUUGGCUGAUUUGAUGGAUAAACAUCGUGAAGAACUUGCUACAAUUGAAAGUAUUGAUGCUGGAGCAGUUUACACCCUUGCUCUAAAGACCCAUAUUGGUAUGUCUAUAGAUACCUUCAGGUAUUUUGCUGGUUGGUGCGACAAAAUCCAGGGCAAGACCAUUCCUAUAAACAAUGCACGGCCAAAUAAAAAUCUCACUUACACAAAAAGGGAACCUAUUGGGGUUUGUGGUAUCGUUGUACCUUGGAAUUACCCCCUUAUGAUGUUGGCAUGGAAGAUGGCUGCUUGUCUAGCUGCUGGAAACACAGUCAUACUUAAACCAGCUCAGGUAACACCACUCACUGCCUUGAAGUUUGCCGAGUUAACAGUUGAGGCUGGAUUUCCACCUGGAGUCAUCAACAUCCUACCUGGGUCAGGUUCCAUAGUUGGUCAGGCUCUUUCAGACCAUGAAAACGUUCGCAAACUAGGUUUCACAGGAUCCACACCGAUUGGGAAAACGAUCAUGGAAAGUUGUGCCAAAAGUAAUGUCAAGAAAGUUUCUCUGGAACUCGGUGGCAAAUCUCCUCUCAUUAUAUUUGCAGAUUGUGAUAUGGACAAAGCGGUCAGAAUGGGAUGUGGCAGCGUGUUCUUUAACAAAGGAGAGAACUGUAUCGCAGCUGGACGGUUAUUUGUUGAAGAAUCCAUCCAUGACGAAUUUGUUGAGCGUGUGAUAGCAGAAAUAAAGAAAAUGAAGAUUGGCAACCCAUUAGACCGUUCUGUGGACCAUGGACCCCAGAACCAUAAAUCUCAUUUGGACAAAUUACUUGAAUAUUGUGAGAUUGGAAUAAAAGAGGGAGCCACCCUUGUUUAUGGAGGAAAACGUGUCGACUGUCAAGGCUUUUUUAUGAUGCCAACGGUCUUCACAAAUGUCAAAGAUGAUAACUUUAUUGCCAAAGAAGAAUCAUUUGGUCCGGUAAUGGUGAUCUCAAAGUUUACAGAUGGAGAUAUUGAAGGUGUAUUACGAAGAGCUAAUAAAACAGAAUAUGGUUUGGCAUCUGGUGUUUUUACCAAAGACAUCAACAAAGCAUUAACCGUUGCAGACAGUCUUCAGGCUGGUACCGUGUUUGUGAAUACAUACAACAAGACUGACGUUGCUGCUCCCUUUGGCGGAUUUAAACAAUCUGGUUUCGGCAAAGAUCUGGGUGAAGCUGCUUUGGAUGAAUAUCUGAAGAUAAAGACUGUGACUGUGGAAUAUUAAAUACAAUCAAAGUGCAAGGUGAAAAUGGAGAAAAAGAGGAUGAACAUCAAAAGAAACUGAUUUUUUUGUUUAGUUUUGUUUUGUGAAAAUACUAUAGCAACUGUUUGCAAGAAAUUGAUACGUAAAAUAGAAAUUAUGUAAGAAAUAUUAGUUUCAGUAAAAAAAUUAUAAAAGACACAAGUAAUCUACAGCUAUAUAUAUAUAUAUAUAUAGCUGUAGAUUACUUGUGUCAUUAUGGUAAGUUCACCCCAAAAUUACUCCAUCCAAUGAGAGAUAAAUAUCAUUUAAUGUAUACAUUAUAAAGGUAUGUGCUAUUAAUAGAUUCUUGCUGUGAAGACCCGUAUCUAGGCAGGUUUUUAUAAUGCUCCUUGUGUCCCCAAGCAAUCAUCAGGCUAAAGAUUGUUUGGAGACACAUGGACUGUUAUAAAGACCUGCCUAGACACAGGUCUUCUCAGCAAGAAACUAUCAGUAGUUAUCUUUAAACUAUGUACAUUAAAUGAUAUAAACUUAUUAUAUUUGAUGACAUAUUAGAUGAAGUCAGUGUAUAUUCAGGAAAAGCAGUUUUUAAUGCAUUAAAGCAUGUAAUUUAACCCCAGCAUCCCAUGUAGGACCUGCAGUAAUAUUUUUAGAUGCUUUGGUGGGGGAGGGUGGAUAUGUCAUAUAUAUAAUGUAAGGUAGAAAAUUAAUGACUAUUUGAAUAUCUUUUGGAGAAACAUAAAGGUUGCUACUCAAAAAAAUAAAUUUUCUGCUCAGUA